CAGGGGUUGAAGUCUACGUGGUGAGGUUUGGAACCACUAACCCGGUUGUACACUUAUCACCAUGGUUGAGACCCGUAGUGGGAAGGAGACUAGCCCCUACACCACUGAGCAGCAAGAAAAGAUGGCCGCCUUAGUCAGAGAGAAUAAGGAGAGGAAAGAGCGUGAAAAGCAAGCCAAGCUAAAGGCUAUCGCAGACGAGCAGGCGACGAAGAUAAAGAGAUUGGAGGAGGAGAUGAAGAGGGUACAACAGGAGGAGGAAGAAAGAAGGAGGGCUGCUGAAGCAGAAGCGGCCGCAGAAGAAGAGAAAGAGAGAAUGAGAAUUGAGAGUGGGGAAGGAAGUAGUGGUGGCACGAUGAAGUGGGAGACAGAUACUGAGCUGGAGAAGAAGAUCAGCGAGUGCGUCGCUAAUUUAUCGUUGGGGGAAGACGAGGAGGCGGAGUCAUAUGUGACUAAGGAUGAGAAGGCUGCGCUGGCCGCUGAGCUAGCAGCCAUAACAGACCCRAUGGAACGAAGAGAGAGGGAAGACGAGCAAAAGUUAGCAUGGAAGCUGAGAAUGAAGAGGGAGAAGAAGAGGAGGAGAGAGGAAGUGAAUAAGAUGACCGCAGCAGUGGCAAAGGUGCAAGAGUGUAGAGCGGAGGUGCUGGCCCAGCYAGAUGAUAAGGCCAAGUGGGACAAAGUACUGGGCUAUUUAGAGGUGUUGAGCAAGGCCUGGAUGGAGGAGCGCCAGGCAAGGUGGAGCCAUGAUGUAGCGUUAAGUGCCAUGCGGUCCGGGUUUAGGGAUUUUGCGCGCGAAAUCGUCACCCACAUUGGGGGCGAAGUCAAACAGUUGAGGGACAAUGUAGGGAAGUUUUGUGAGGGCGCCAUUCAGGGUGCCAAAGCUGCAGCCGCUGUAGAAGGAGAGGGCAGACCCCGUAAGGACCCAGUGAAACUUAAGUUCCCAGACGCAUACGGGGGAAAGAAGGACGAGAACUUUGACAACUCGGAGGCUAGUGCCAAUAGUUACAUUUAUUUACAACAUAUCCUGAUGGAGGAGCAAGUCCUUGUGGCCUUCCAGGCCCUGAAAGAUGACGCGGCUAGCUUCGCCAGGUUUCUCGCGCGUACAGCCAGUUGUGAAAACAACCUGGUCGCAUAUUCCAAAGUCACUCCUCUUUCCCAAUUCCUUAAGCUCCUCAAGGAGCGGUUCGCUGACCCAACGCGAGGCAUUAGAGCCUCUGAUAAGCUCCAAACGAUCCACUCUCGGCAGUGGAGGAGUGCUAAGGCACUCAAGGGUACUAUGGACGACUUGGUAGCCGUCCCGGACCACGGAGACUUGCCGCAGCAAGAAGGUCACCACGAAGGUAGCCUCACCAAUGGUGGUGGGUCUAUCUUCAAACCCUGGGAGUGCUUCUGCGAGCAGCUCACAGGGAAACAUCUCGGGCCAGUAGGAGUGUUAGCCGCUCUUACUCGCGCUGAAGUGGUAACGUUUCCUUCCCCACUUCAGGCAUUGGCCAAGGCUAGUGACCCACGUAUCGCCCCGCAGACAUAUUCAGACCCACCGACGCUCCGUUCGAGAGAUGUGUCUAAGGCCCUAGAAGAGUUAGAAACUGAGUGGUCAGGGAAGGACCCCAGGGACUCUUGGGCGAUGAUCAGUAGAGGUCCAAAGGGUGAGCAUUUCGUGGUAGAAGUAGAUGUAGGUGGCCGCAAGGUUGGCGCCUUCGCAGACAUAGGCUCUACACGAAAUUUCAUCAGUCGUGCUUGUGUGGAUAGACUGUGCUUAGGGGACCAAGUGCAGCGGCUUAGCAGAACUGUAGCUUCUACGCUAGCCAACAAGCACCAAAUGGUAGUGAAAGAAUAUGUCAAGGACGUAGCCUGUUCAUUCUCCUAUGGAGGAGGGGAAGUGAUCCACAAAUCCUCCUUUCAGGUUAGCGACGAACUGCCAUUCGAUAUACUACUAGGCAUGUACUACCUCGAAGUCUCACAACCUCAGUUUGACAGGGAUAGAAAGGUGUUGAUCCACAAAUUGCCCAAUGGUAGAACUGUUAGACUGCAAAAGUAUAAAGCUAGCAGUUUAAUAGAAAACUACGGGUGUAUGUGUGCCUCAUCCUUCUAUAACUACUAUAAGCAAAAUCAAGAGGAGGGCAUGUAUGUAGUCUUUGUCUCUGAGAAAGGGGAGGACGUUAAAUCACCCCGAGAGAUAGAAAGAGUCGGCGCAGAAUAUUCAAACCUUUUUGAGGAGCCCACAGGUCUGGUGGGAAGGGAGGUUGUCCAUGCAAUAGAAGUUGUCCUAGGUAGUAAGUUGCCCAGAGGACGAAUCUAUAGGAUGUCUCCUGCGGAGUUAGAUGAGCUUCGUCGCCAACUCAAGGAGCUCACAGAGAAGGGAUGGAUACGGCCUAGUACCUCCCCUUAUGGUGCGCCGGUAUUAUUUGUUCCUAAGAAGGGAGGACCAUUAAGGAUAUGCAUUGAUUAUAGGGGCCUCAAUGCCAUCACCGUUAAAAACGCGGAGCCCCUACCUCGCAUUGACGACCUCUUGGAUAGAGUGCAGGGAUGUCUGUACUUCACAAAGAUAGAUUUGAAGUCCGGAUACCAUCAAAUUGCCGUUAGACCUGAGGACCAGCACAAAACCGCAUUUCAAACCAGGUACGGUCUGUACGAGUUUGUGGUGAUGCCCUUUGGCCUAUGCAAUGCACCUGGGACGUUCCAGCACGCAAUGAACCGGAUCUUUCAUGACUACUUGGACAAGUUUAUCGUCGUGUACCUCGACGAUAUUCUCAUCUUUAGUAGGACUGUAGAGGAGCACGCUGAGCACUUGAAAACAGUGCUAGGUCUCCUUAGACAACACCAAUACAAAGUGAACUUGGAUAAAUGCGAGUUUGGUCGCACCAAGAUCCUGUACCUAGGUCAUGAAAUUUCAGCAGAUGGAUUGAGGUCGGAAGUUGCGAAGGUGGCCAGCAUACGUGACUGGCCCAGACCUCAGACUGUUACUGAGGUCGGAUCGUUUUUGGGGAUGACGGGCUAUUAUCGUCCGUUUGUGAAGAACUAUAGUACUAUAGCCUCCCCAUUAACGGAUCUAACUCGACUUGACACCCCUUGGGAGUGGACUGAAGAGUGUGAAGCAAGCUUCAAGAAAUUGAAGUAUGAUCUGACGCACUAUGAAGUUCUCAAACUUCCUGAUCCUGACAAGCCAUUUGUUGUGACCACAGACGCUAGCCAAUAUGGCAUAGGCGCGGUCCUUGCGCAACAAGAAGGGCCCAAGUUGAGACCGAUCGAGUACAUGAGCAAGAAGAUACCAUCUCAAAAGUUGGCCAAGUCCACUUAUGAGAGAGAGCUCUACGCCAUGUAUAGAGCGCUAGUUCAUUGGAGGCACUACCUCCUAGGAAGAUUCUUUUAUGUGAGGUCGGACUAUGAGACUUUGCGCUGGAUCAAGACACAGCCAGUCUUGUCGGACGCACUCAAGAGAUGGAUUCAAGUGAUAGACAUGUAUGACUAUCAACUUGAUCCUAUCAAGGGUACGUACAACAAAGUGGCUGAUGCGCUAUCGAGAAGGGCAGAUUAUCUGGGCGCGCUAGUUUCUGAGUUUGGCAUAUCUGAGGAACUUACUCGAUCGCUGGUGGAAGCCUAUCAGGGAGACCCAGUCAUGUCAGAGAUCAUUCGUAGAUUCAAGGCAAAGGAUAAAAAGACUUUGGACGAAUUUACAAUGAUAGACGACUUGUUGUUCCUUGAUAAGGCAGGGAAUAAAAGACUAUGUGUUGCUAAUACCGAGUCUUUGCGUAGUUUAUUUUUAGGAGAGUGUCAUGAUGCAACUGGUCAUUUUGGCUAUAAGAAGACAGCAACAAACUUAGUUAAGAGAUUCUGGUGGCCCUCUAUGAUGGAAGAUGCAAAACGAUAUGUUGAAACCUGCCAGGUUUGCCAAAGGGACAAACCGAGGACUCAGGCUCCGCUUGGGCUCAUCAAGCCCUUGCCGAUUCCUGGAGGUCCUGGUCAAAGUGUGUCCAUGGACUUCAUGGAUACUCUUGUGACCAGUAAGUCUGGAAAGAGACACAUCUUCGUAAUAGUGGACCGUUUCACCAAGUAUGCAAGACUAAUCGCUAUGCCAGAAACAGCUAAAACUGACCACGUUAUCAAACUGUUUAUGGACAAUUGGGUUCGUGACUUCGGUUUGCCUACGUCGAUCGUUAGUGAUAGGGAUGUCAGGUUCACAAGUGAGCUGUGGCAGUCAACUGCUGAGCAAAUGGGCACAAAGCUCCAGAUGACGUCAGGGAAUCACCCUGAGUCAAAUGGCCAAGCAGAACAGAUGAACCGGGUAGUUCAGCACCUGCUUAGGCAUUAUAUUAAGCCAAGCCCGGAUGACUGGGACGAAAAGUUACCUCUCGUCGCCAGCCUGUACAACAAUGCUGUGCACAGCACCACCGGUAUGACUCCCAACCAGCUACAUCUUGGUUGGAAGCCCACAUCUGCGCUUGACUUUCUGUUACCAGAAAGACAACCUACUACAGCACCUGGCAGCAUAGAGUUUGCUGUCAAGUAUGAACAGUUGCUCAAGCAGGCUGUUGAACAUAUUCAGAAGUCUCAAGAUGCUAUGAUUGCAUCUGAGAACAAACAUAGACGGCCUUCUAACUUUCAGGUUGUGCUGCUUGCCUUAUGUGAGUGAAUGUGGAGUCGUCAACAGUUUUCGCUGCACAGAGCAUCCACUGCCCAAAAGACCAAAACAACGUCGAGGUUUGAAAUCAGGCCCCCCCUCCCCACCACAUUCUGAUGAAUCCUGUGUCUCACCUUGCCCUUGCUUUGCAAUGCCUUCACUCAUGGAACUAUCACCCCACUUGCAUGGGGGUAGAUAAAUUCAAUGGAGCCAAGAUUUCCUUCCCUCUUCAAGCAGCCAAAACAUGGCAAAAAAAAAAAAAAACAUGCCAGAAAUGGAUGUCAAUCCACACAAGAAUCCAGAAAAUGAUUUAAUAACAAAGAAAAGCGUGACAUUCUCGAGAUACAUCCAGAGGGGACACACCCCUCUAGAAAAUGAAUUGUAAUACGUGAA